CCAUCAUCAUCCAUGACUUUGGCAGGUCCACGUUACUACAACAAAAAAAGUGUGUGUGUGUGUUUUUUCAUUUUUCUUGCUUUUAAUAUAAGUCGUCAAAGAACACUUUUGAUAUAUUUCUCUAUUUUUAAAGGUUCUUCCUUUCACCCAAAAUCGGUGAGAAAAAAAUCCUAACUUUUUAAUCUCACACACACACACAGACACUCUUCUUUUGGCGAUUUGAUUUUGUUAUUGCUUUUAUAGAUUGUGGGAAUAGUUUGUUAAGAGAGAGAGAGAGAUGGGGAGAUUGUUCUUGGUGAAUUUGGAAGGUAAGUCUUACAGUUGUAAGCACUGCAAGACCAAUCUUGCUCUCUACGAUGAUGUCGUCUCUAAGUCAUUUCAAUCCCGGCAUGGGAAAGCUUACCUCUUCAGUAAGGUAGUGAAUGUGUAUGCUGGGAAGGAGGAAGAUAGGAUGAUGAUGACGGGAUUGCACACCGUUGUCGAUAUUUACUGUGUCAAAUGCGGUUCUUAUGUUGGAUGGAGAUAUGAGUUUGCUUUUGAGAAGAAUCAAAAGUACAAGGAAGGCAAAUCUGUUCUGGAAAGGUACAAGGUUUGGGGUCCAGAUGGGAACAAUUAUUGGGUGGCUCAAGAAGUUGAAGCCGGAGACAGCGAUACUGAUGAAGCUUGAUCUCCUAAUUCUUAUCUGAUUUGUACAUUCUCUCCUACUCUUUCAUCUUUCUUCAUUCUUUUUCCAAUGUUUUCAUUUCUCCUUUUGUAAACCAUCCAUCUUACAUUAGAACAGCUUCAAGAGAUCAACUGUUUUGGUCUUGCUGCAAGCCUGCAACUACUUUUGGACUCAUAGUUAAAAAGAUCUCUCAUUAUCUUA